CUCCUUAAAAACCCACGCAGCUCCAAUGAAUGCCCCAGCAAAAGCAGCUGCCAUUGGCGUCCUCUCCCUCCCUCAACGACAAAAAAAAUAGCAGCAAUGAUUUAUCGCUACAGAAUCGGCUACACCAUCUUCUCUGUUGAGAUUGUGCUGCUACCGAUCCUCUUGCUCACCAGCUCACCAGCUGCUGCGGCAACGUCGCUGAAGGCGUGUGCAUUCCCGGCUAUCUUUAAUUUCGGAGAUUCAAACUCCGACACCGGCGGCCUCUCCGCCGCCUUCGGUCCGGCUCCUGCGCCCAACGGCGAGACCUUCUUUGGCCGGCCCUCGGGACGUUAUUCCGACGGCCGCCUCAUUGUCGACUUUAUCGCUGAAAGCCUCGGCCUUCCUUUAUUAAGUGCUUAUCUUAACUCAAUUGGGACUAAUUUCUCACAUGGAGCCAAUUUUGCUACUGCUGGUUCAACAAUAAGGAGACAAAAUACAACACUUUUUCAAAGUGGCUAUAGUCCCUUCUCCUUGGAUGUUCAAACCUGGCAGUUUACUCAGUUCAAGUCCAGAUCCCAAUUUUUCUAUUCACAAGGGGGAAUUUUUGGAGAUUUGUUGCCUAGUGAAGAUUUUUUCUCGAAGGCGCUUUACACUUUUGACAUUGGUCAGAAUGAUCUCACAGCAGGCUAUUUCCUUGGAAUGACAACUGAGGAAGUUAAAGCAAAUAUUCCUGACAUUCUCGAUCAGUUCACUAUUGCAAUAAAGAGUAUUUAUUGGCAAGGUGGGAGAUACUUUUGGAUCCACAAUACAGGUCCUUUUGGCUGUCUUCCUUAUGUUUUGGAUAGGCUGACCUUGAGAGCUCCUGAGGUAGAUGAUAAGGGCUGUGGAGUUCCCUUCAAUGAGGUGGCUCAGCUAUUCAAUUCAAUGCUAAAUGAUACUGUAAUACAGCUUAGAAAGGAUCUUCCUCUUGCAUCUUUCACCUAUGUUGAUAUCUACUCCAACAAGUACAGGCUCAUUAGCUAUGCAAAAAAGUAUGGAUUUGAGCACCCACUAAUGGCUUGUUGUGGCCAUGGUGGAGCUUACAACUACAACAAGACAAUAGGCUGUGGAUCCAAAACUGUGGUAAAUGGAACGGAAAUUGUUCUUGCAAACUCAUGCAAAGAGCCCCUUAAGCGCGUCAACUGGGAUGGAGUUCAUUACACUGAAGCUGCUAACAAAUGGAUUUUUGAUCAAAUAUCUGAAGGGACUUUCUCUGAUCCUCAUCUUCCUCUAAGAAUGGCUUGUUAUAAUCAAACAGCAUGAGAGAUUGGCAUUGCAGAUUAGUCAUUUGUAAUUGUCAAUAAAUUUGUAUUAUGGAUGAUUUGGAUUUUUUUUCCUUUUAUGUUUUUCCAAUUUGAAAUUGGAUUGGUGUUGAAGUUCGAGCAUUGGUGGAUGGAGCGUGGAUUGGAAAUUCAAGAAAAAUGAUGCGGUGACUAUCUCAUGCUCCGCUUGUAUUUAUUAGUUUGUUAAAUGGAUUGUUUGAUUGAAAGUGUUUAAAAAUGUAUGCCUAUUAUAAUGCAAUGUAAAUUAAAUGAUUGGAAUUUGGUUGGUUAUCAAAUGUCUCUGGAAUAA